AUGGCUGAUUCACCCGCUUCUACGACUAGCGCACUGCCCGGCGAGUCGCCCGCCCAAACCAAGGCCAGACUGCGAAGGGAGCGUCUUGCCGCCAAAAGCGGUGUGUCCCGUCUUCAACAGAUUACUGCUCUCCAGGGCGGCCCCCCGAAAGAUGUCAGCGAGAUAGAGAAAGAUGUACCAGUCAAACCCGCCUCUACCCCGUCCCAGCUUACACCCGCUGCGUCUGGGACGGCUACUCCAGACCCAGACGAGGUGGAUAUCUCGCAACACCAUUACGCGCCCGCAUCGCAGCCUCGUCUCCCGUCACCAUUCGCUUUCGAGGGCAAUCAGUCUGGCCCAUUUGGCCCUGGGCCAGACUCGGAUGCAUCGCAGGAUCCCAUGAUGGCUAUGCUUCAGCAAAUGAUGGGUGCUGGGGCUGGUGGUAUGCCUGGCAUGCCUGGUGCUCAGGGUCAAGCCGGUAUGCCACCAGGCGGUCUACCACCCAAUCUUGCCAAUAUGUUCUCCGCAAUGCAGGGUGGGGCCGGAGCCUCUGAGCCAUCGCCAGAGCAAUCUUCGGCCUGGAUCUGGCGUUUGGUGCACUCUGUCUUCUCCUUCGGACUCGCCGUCUACAUCGUCAUGCAAACCCCAUUUACUGGAUCCAAACUGUCACGCGACAAUGUACUUGACGAUGACUGGGCCGGCCAGUCGACUCCGGCACAGAACUUUGCGCACUUCUUCUACCUCUUCGCGACUUUCGAGGUCGUCUUACAAUCCUCGCGCUAUUUCAUUGAAAAGGGCCAAUUACAGGGGAGCGGCAUUCUCAGCACGGUUGCCGGCAUCUUACCAGCACCGUAUUCAGGCUACGUGAGGACUGUGGGCAGGUACAGCGUCAUAUACAGUACAGUUGUGAGCGACGCCAUGGUGGUAGUAUUCGUCCUAGGCGCUACGAGCUGGUGGAGAGGUGCUGCGGUUGCAUAA